GUGUCCAAGCCUUUUUACUCCGUCAAAUAGUCUGAAAAAUAAACAAAAAAACAAAAUAUUUUUGUUGGUGCAACACAGGCUCGGCCGAUUCGAAAAGAUACAAUGGGCUCAGCACCUUCCAAGGACAACGACAAGAGACCGACGGUUGAGCAGCCGACACCGCCGGCGGCGGCGGCGGCGGAGCAGGAGGAUGAUGAGCCUGACGAGUGGGACAAGCGUAUUUUCAGCACCGGCUGCGCAGAGGAAAAUGCAAGGUUGACCGACUGUUACUACGAAAAGAAGGACUGGAGGCAAUGCAAGGAAGAGAUGGAGAUGUUCAAGCAGUGUUGGAAGAUGCAGGGCAACGAUAAGCGGACUGAUAGCAAAGAUGUCUGA